CUAGGUACACAACCGUUGCGGCAUAAGGCUGAAAAAUGAUUAGUCAUCCCUCCGCCCAAAACACAAACAUACACACGCCUCCGCCCCUGGCUUGUUAUAGUAGGCUGCAAUCUGAGCAGGUGAAGUUCCAGAAAAAAACUCGCUCCUGUCCGGCAGUGACUACCGAAAUCUUCCCCAGAACGAUGAAUGUGAGGAGAGUGCAAAAGACAGUUCUGAGUGUGGAACAGGAAGAGGGGCUCGGCGCUCGGGUCCGCAGGAGCAUUGGGAGAAAGGAGCUGAGGAACCUGGAUCCUUUUUUGAUGCUGGAUGAGUUUAGAGUGAGCAAGCCAGCGGGAUUUCCAGACCAUCCUCACAGAGGAUUUGAGACGGUAACAUAUCUUUUAGAGGGGAGCAUAGCUCAUGAAGACUUUUGCGGCCAUUCAGGACGACUGAAAUCUGGAGAUCUGCAAUGGAUGACUGCAGGACGGGGGGUGGUCCAUGCUGAGAUGCCCAUGUCAGAGGAGCCGGUAGUGGGCUUACAGUUGUGGGUUAAUCUGUCAAGGCAAGAAAAGAUGGUGGAACCUGCGUACCAGGAGCUUAAAGGCUCAGAUAUCCCCAAACGCAGCCAGGGAGGAGUUGCAGUCACUGUGAUAUCUGGAGAAGCUUUAGGAGCAAAGUCCAAGAUCUACACGAGAACUCCGACGUUAUACCUGGACUUCAAAUUGCAGGCAGGGGCCACGCAUGUGCAGCCUGUCCCUCAAGGUUGGACCACGUUCAUCUACACACUAUCAGGAUCCACUCAUGUUGGCCCAGAUGAGGAGCAGCAGCAGGUGGAGCCUCAUCACACUGUGGUGUUUGGGGAUGGAGACUGUGUCAAAUUUGGAAACAAGGGCUCCGAGGUUUCCCAUUUUGUGCUGAUCGCUGGACAACCAAUCAACGAGCCUGUGGUACAACACGGUCCAUUUGUCAUGACCACAGAGGACGAGAUCAGAGAAGCUUUCAGAGACUACCAGAAUGGCAGAAAUGGCUUUGAGAGGGCUCCAAACUGGAGAUCCAAGAUCAGGGAUUCUGUUUGACCACCAUAUCCUGACACUCUUUUACCCCUCAGAAAACAUUUGUUACUACAGAAAAAACAUAAGGUGGUUUUAGUUUGGGAUAAUCAUAUAAAGAUGGGAAAAGUUUAGUUUUUGAGAACUUGUUUUUAUUUAUUAAUCUUUGAUUUAUGUGUGAUUAAAUUAAACUUGUUACAUGAAAUGACCACAGCAGGAAAGAUGCUUGUAAGAACUUCGUUGUGUUUUGGUACAAAGUAGCAGGGUUUGAAUCAAAGGAGAGGACCUGCAUUUAACAUGAAGUUAAGGUUACGGUAAUGCAGUGGCCAUGGUAAGAAGAGACACUGGCUAUCAGUUUGAAACAGGAAAUGGAUAGACUACCCUGACCUCCUCACUCAACUGAGAGUAACUCUAUAACACUCCCAGAGUGUUAUGCUGAGUGAACGGACUCUAUGGCAGAACACACAGAAGCGCAGAAAAUACAGGGAGUGCUCUUUAUUUACUGUGUCAAACUUAUUUACACGGGAUGAGAUAAGUAUGCUGAUGAAUAAACAGAAGGAAACCAGGGGAGGGGGCUGACACGCAUUCGGAGGGAAAGGGGUUACCCGCGCACGCAGGGUGGACUUGUCACACUGGCUGUACAGGCUCGGGCGAGGAUUCUCGGGAUGUGGGAGAAACGCUGUGAUUGAUCUCCGUAGUGAUCCCGGAAAUGCGGCUUCACAAACAGCUGACAGGUAAGCGGGUGAUGGAUCCGGCACUCCAGGAGGUGGCAAUACUCCGACACCAGACGUCAGUCGCGCUGCUCCUAAGUAACGCUUCAUCAAAUGACGUCUGAUGCACCGCCGGUGUGUCAGCAUCCCGUGACACACCACCCCGCCUACCUGUGCUGAAAACAGAAGCAGACCCCGUGACACCACACCAGAGAAACCCCACCAACUCCAAAUACAGAGUUAUUAUGGCCACUACAGGUCACUGUCAACAAAGUGUUUCAAAGGGUUGCUGUUUGCACAAACAACCUGUGGAGCUGUUUCAAUCGGGGGACAAUCAUUAUCAUUUAUGUGAGAGUUGCAGCACUGUGCAAAAGUCUUGAGCCACACCUCAUUUCUUUAUAUUUUGCUUCCAAAGUCUGAACCAACAAUUCUCCAGACUUUCUUGACUGUUUUAUUUUUUGUAAAGCCAUUUAAUACUGACCAGUUAAUCAUUCAAGAGAUAAGCCAGUGUUGUUGUUACACAUAACAGGCAACUUAACAAAGAACCUAUUUUAAAUUGGCACUUUGUUACUAGCAGCCUCUCACAAAAAUACACAAUUUAUUACCAUUUUUGUAGCUGAAUCUCUGAAAAAUGCCAAAGAAAACAUAGUUUGACAGACAGAAAUUAGUAAUUAUGUACCAGCAAGGUGAUUUCUGAAGAGGUGUCAGCAUGAUGUGCAGUGUGUCCUUAAAACAAACUGCGGAAACUGGGCAGGAGAAAUGGAGGACAAAAGAACAAAGCCGGAAAAAGUAUCUACUUCUUUUAUCUGUUCUUAAGAAAUAGGAGAAAAAACUGACACAGGACCUUAGAGAUGUAUCUGACCUUUCAUUUGAUCUAUCUUUGGAAAGCUUUAAAGCACAAAUUGACCUCCAAACUUGUUAGAUUUGCCUUAUACUGUAUUUCCAUGUAUGUAUAAAUAUGUUUCAGUAAAUUGUUGCACCUAUUUCCCAUUUUCCUGGCAAAAUAUAAAGACAUGAGUGGUGACUUCUGCAUAGUCACAGCAGAUUAAUAGACUAGAUGCCAUGUGUAAAUGCACUUCUCAGAUGUACUCAUGCUUUCUUUGGUGCCGGAAAUGAAAGUGAAAGAUUUAAGGUUUGAUCAGUAACCACUAUAAGAAUCAUCCGUGUUAUUUUACACACUGGUUUGUCAGCAUUUCUGUCCAAAUUUAGCCACAAUAAAAGUUUCUAUGCUAAAUAAAAUGUACAUAAUUGCAAGCCUUGUGCUCCUACUUCUCUCCCCUUCUUGCUGUCUCUUCUCAGCCAGCGUCUGAGGUUCAUUUUCCACAAACAUCUAAACACAUUUUCAUGUCCCAGUUUGCUCUGCCUUCUCCUCUCUCUCAACAUCAAAAAUAAAAGUUUUAGCAUAAUAUAACAUGAUAAUUUGGGGGAAACUUAACAUGUGCUUUUGUCUUAGGAUCACUGCUUUUAUAAGGGAAUAAUUUAACAAAAGUAAAGUGAGAUUCUUUAAAUGUACUGGUGUGUGCCCAGUUAAAACCUAAUAAACCACAUAAAAGUCUUUAAAGCAAUCCACAGUCAUACAAAUAAUUGAUUUUAUUUAUAUGUCCUCACAGCACACA